GUGACGCAAGAUUUCACUCAAUGCUUCCUGAAGCUCAGCUGAGCAGGUGGCACAAGACAUCUCAAACUUGUCCUUCAAUAAAAAAAAUAUAUAUAAAAAAGAGAGAGAUUAUUUUGGAAGGAUUUCAUCGGAUAAUCCAAUGCUUGAAAUUAAAGCACACAUCUGCUCACUUUAAAGUUUGUGACUGCUUUGGGAGGAAAAGGGGGGAAAAAAAAGAGUUCUGAAGGAAAAUUUCACUAUUAUAUUGCUGAAGAUGACUUGUGCAAAUGUGAUGUCGAGGUUUGGGCCACAGGUCUCCGUGAGGUCUAUGGACAUGACCGUGGGCUUCAGGUGCAGAGGAUCGCCAAACAUCACACACCUGCGUGGCGUGUCUUCCCCCAAACCCCUGCGGCCCUGCAUCGCCCAUCAGCCGGUGAUUGAGUACAGACACUCCCCUUCCACAGGCCUCGUCAAAGCCAAGAGCAGCCGCAGGGAGAAACGCGUCGCGUUCGCGGACACCAAAGGACUCUCGCUCAUCACGGUGCGCCUGUUCUCCGAGAAAGAGGAUACAAUCCCGCGCGAACCGGUGAAAACCCCACGGCUGAAGAAGCUGGGCUGCGCUAAAGAGACCGUCCAUAAUACUUCGAGGUUGAGGCUUGGGUUUGAGCAGCCUUGUGGAGACUUCCAGGCGUUCAGGACUCGGAUUCAGGAAAGCAUGGUGGCGUUGGAGAGCUGUAAAGUCACCAGGUGCUCCAUCCUCGGCACCGUGCGCGUCAAGAACGUUUGUUUUGAGAAAGCGGUGCACAUCCGGAUAACUUUCGACGCCUGGCGCAGCUACCAGGACGUGGCGUGUAGGUACCUGGAGCAGAGUUAUGGGGAGCCUGGAACCGACGUGUUUGAGUUCAACAUCAGCGUCCCUGAGCGGUUAGAGCCGCGCGAGCGCGUCGAGUUCUGCGUGUCCUACUCGCCCGCUGCGUUCAGUGCUGCUCAAUGGGACAAUAACAACGGAAAAAACUACUGUAUUUAUGUGUGUGAAGUGUGACUGAAUGUGCGGUUUUCUAACGACACUCGCACUGUUUGUGCAAACACACCAAAAACUACAAACGUUGCACUUUGUGACCUGUUUUCUGACCCGUUCAGCAUAUACUGACUAAAACAUGCCAAGGAAUGCUUUUCUGAGCACUCGACUAUGCUGUUUUAUACAUUUUAAAUGUAUUGGAAAUAUUUGGCAAAUCAACGCGUUUAAGUCUCCCAUACUGUGGAAAUGUAUUGCCUUUUUAUACCUUGCGUGCUGUGGGAAAACAUUUUGGGAUUUGUAUCGAAUAAAUGUCAUUUUUAUAUUUUCUUAUACUUUUAAAGAUGACUUUAGGAAUGUGCCACUUGUUUUGGGAGUCUGCGCACUUUAACAUGUUGAUGAAACUCUUUCCAUACUGUGGGUAAUUUAAUUUUUUUUUUUAAAGUAUCUUAUUAAAUAAAAUAAAGCUCAUUGAACUUGCAUCCUAA